GUCACGUUGCAAAGCAUUGUGGGUAGUGCCGGUGUCAAGAAGACGGAAAACGUGGCCAGGGCCGGGCAAACAUAUUUAGAAACUGGUGUUACCUGUCACUCAUCAAUGCCUCCGAGAUGGAAAUCAAAACGGAGCCACUUAAACGUUUCAUUUGCUCGUUUUCUGACUGCUCGGCCGCUUACAACAAACAGUGGAAACUGGACGCCCACUUGUGUAAGCACACGGGACUCAAACCUUACGCCUGUGUGCACGAAGGCUGCGGUAAGUCGUUCUGUAGCCCGUAUCACUUGGCACGGCAUGAUCUCAGUCACAGCGGCGUGAAACCCUUUCAGUGUGUCGUGGACGGCUGCAGAGAGGCCUUCACCACCAACACAAACCUGACCAGACACAUGAACCGCGCUCACACUCAGGAGCAGAAGAAGUACGUUUGCAAAUUUGAGGGCUGCGGGCUCGAGUUCAAGAAGAACAAGCAGCUCAAGUCCCACGUGUGUGAGCAGCAUACCCAGCUGCCUCCUUACCAGUGCACUCACGAAGGAUGCCAAAUGCGAUUCACCUUCCCCAGCAAGCUGAAGCGACAUGAAAAGGUGCACAGAGGCUACCCCUGCCAGGAGGAGGGCUGCAGCUACGCGGGGAAGACGUGGACGGAUUACUUGAAGCACAGAAAGGAGCAGCACAGGCUCACUGUGAGGUGCGACCAGUGCAGCAAGGAGUUUAGAGACUCCUGGUUCUUGCAGCAGCAUCAGCACGUCCACUCUGAUGUCCGGGUGGUCCUCAAGUGCCCCAGAGAUGGAUGUGGGAGGUCUUUCACCACAGCCUUCAACCUGCAGAGCCACAUCACCUCCUUCCACGAGGAGAUGCGGCCCUUCGUCUGCACCCAAGCAGGCUGUGGGAAGACCUUCGCUAUGAGGCAGUCUCUCCAGCGUCACAGAAUCGCUCACGACCCGCUAAGGAAGAAGACUAAAAAGCCCAGACCGAAUAGAUCUCUUGCAUCCAGGUUAAGUGGUUACAGUGAAACAAAGAGAGUGGUGCUCAAAAAGCGUAGGGUGCAUCAUCAUGGGUCUGACACCUUUUCCACACAAAACAAGACUGGUUCUUUUGAGUUGGUGUCUCUCCUGCAGGACACGUCCCUGCUCUGCAGCCCUGCUGUGGACACACUCACUAAUCCUCUGACUCCACCUCUGACCGUGUAGAGUCAAAUGAAGGCAUUCACACCAGACUGAGGAUGGAUGGCACUUAAUAGAGCUUUUCUGAUGUCAUAUAACUUUUUCUAGCAAUGUGAUGUCAUCAUCUUAAAGCCUAAAAAGCUCCUUCUUUGGACAAAGGGGUGAUUGGUUGUUUUGGGCUGGGACUUGUAUAUUAAUCCAUAUAUCAUCGCCAGUUCUGUAGAUGAAAACCUGAACGAAGAAAUCCCAAGAUACAAGAAAUCAGCUCAGCUGAAAGAUAUUUUUCUAAAUCCUGUUUUUCCGUCCUCUUGGGUCUUCUCAAUAUUUUUUUCUUUUUGAAAUUAUAAUUUGUUAAUUGGAGAGUAUUUUUCUGGAGCCACACAAUCCACUGUAUUUGUGGUAUUUGUAUAUAAGAAAAUAUAUAUAUUUUUAAGUUCAAUAUGAAAAUCUUGUCCAACAAAAAUGUGCAAAAAAAUAUAUAAUUCUGCAGAAAAGUGUUUAAAUAAACAUAUGGAUGCCUUGAAAUAAUUUUGUUGUCUGAAUAGUAUUAAUCACUUGUUGAAAUCAGUUCAGCCCAGUAUAAAAAUGUCAUGUAAUCACUUUCAAGUGAUUUUAUGAAAAAAAAAAAAAGUAUGUUUUUAUAGGAUGUGCUCAGCUGUCUAGGAGGUCUGAAGGUUGGGGGUUUGAUCCCCAGCUCCUGCAGCCACAUGUUGAAGUGUCCUUGGGCGAGACACUGAACCCCAAAUUGCCUCCACUGCUGCGCUAGCGUCAGGUGAAU